AUGACCUCGAUGGAGACUAUAACUACUGCUGUAUCACGGAAACAGUCGCACAGUCCCUCUUCGAGCUCUGCCUCGUCUUCUGCUACCACAGCGUCGAUAACACCACCAUUACUAACAAGAGGAGUUAGUUAUCACAGUGUUACAUCUAUUCCAAACCUUUUGAAUUAUGAUGGGCAAGCCAGUUCUCAGAUCAGGUCAGAACGCAGACCAGCCCACCGCCAUGUUCAUAGCAUGACUAUUAAUACCAGUAGCAACCCAAACAUUAAUACCAAUAUCCACAAUAAUUUUGGAACAUCAUCGUCUGUUACUGGGCUUGUGUCUUUAGGCUCGUCUCCUCGCAGUCCUCUACACCAUGGGAACUACCAAUAUGGGACAAGACAUCAAACUAGCGAGUCUCUAGACUUCCUAGCGGAUACUGCUAUCGAUCAGAACAUGAAUCAAGAGGAGUUCAAAAGGAUCUUACAGAAACUCUCUGAUUUCAGCACUCAGUUGAGAAACCAGGUGGCUAACUGGGAACUAAAGAGUGUUGGCGACGUGCAGAUGAAUGACCUUUCCAAGCUUGCAACAGAGACCAGGAGUGUGUUGAAGAACAUAGAUCGCUUGUUGGAGUUGAAGAGUAUCAACGAAUGGAGUAGAAAGAAACCACAGCUUCCUAGUAUCAAUCAACUCAGAAACGAACUUCAGAAGCCCAUGGUAGAAUUUCAGUUCCCAUCAAGGCCAGCUACUAAGAACGUGUACAAUGUUAACGUGAGGAACAACGAAAGCCACAUUCCAUCUGCCAGUGUUAGUACCACUCGAGAGAAACCUUCUGCGCACCUGGGCCACAAGGUCAGUAAGAGUGAAGGUUCUAUCAUUGGAACUACACACACGUUUAAAGUUGAUAAAAUGAAAGCAAAAAAAAGGAAUAGCGUUUCGCACCAAAGAAAGAUUAGUAUUGCAGCCGGUGAUGGAACUGAAUCAUGCAAGCACUGUCAUGAGACGGUGACUCCGGAGUGGCGAAGGGGUCCUUACGGAAACAGAACUUUGUGCAACGCAUGUGGAUUAUUUUAUUGUAAACUAGUCAGAAAGUUUAGCUCCAGAGAUGCAAACAUCCUCAUGCACUACAGGAAAGCUAACAGCCCAGAGGACCGUAGAGUCCCUGAGAACUUGAACGUCCCUGAAGCGUUUGUUGAAUCAUUGAAAAAGGAUAGUAGUUUAGACGAAAACUUUAAUGUAAAGCCAAACACAUUACGAUAG